AUGAUGCCCAACACAAACACCCCCUACAAUCCCGCAGCUCACAGCACGCCUAACACACUACUCCCAGAAGAGGUUUUCGGCUACAUUGAUGUUGUGACCUUGGCAGACAUUCACCGGUACCUCCGGGAGAGUGAGGCACAGGACGAUAUCGACCUUGCGGCAUGGAUCCAGGAGAAUUAUCUUUACGGUGUUGAAAAAGACCACCCUACAGCGACAAUUCGUACAGCCCAAGGCUUUGCUCAGUUGGAUCGAGCAUAUCGCCGAGUGCGAUCACUUACUAACAAGGCUCAAGACAAGUGGCCGUUCUUUGACAGAAACUUCAAGGAGAUGUCUUCAGCCACAGUUCGGAACAACGCACGCGGUGAAGCCGCUCCGGGAGUAUUGUAUCCGAUUGAAAAAACGCAGAAGGCCUCGACUGCAGUUGAGCAGCUGGGCGCUUCAUCCGUAUCCAAUACUUCUUCAGCCCCAGGACUUCAGGUGCCGUUUGCUUCGGUAAAGCCAAGCCGCCACCAGCUUUGGAAGCAAGAGGAAACUCGCCCAGCGCAACAGAACUCAGUUCUUCUCCCGUCCAAUCUACCAGCAACUCCUGCUCAGCAGCAGGCACGCGAGAAGGACUCAGUUCAGUCCAAUAAUUUGUCGCAGAAGAUUUCUAUGUGCAUGGACACCACUACAGACGUUAACAGCCAAGAAAUGAUCGAACCUGAACUGCCGCAGCCUGCAGCAACCUCUACCGGACGGACGCGCGAUGCAGCUGACGAUGUUAAGAUAGAGACCCCGUCUACCAGUCCACCAAGUCAUUCCAAGCUUAACGAUGAUGAGUCGAAGGCGGACCCAGUUCGAGAUGCUGGUGGUGGCAAGGUCCGUGGACCGAAUGGUCGCUAUCUAUCCAAAGACGACGAUUUUUCCAGCCUGAAGAAAAUCAAGAAACCCAGAGGAAAGGGCGGCAGGCCUAGUUUGAAGUCGUCUGACCAGAAUCAUUUGGUGACGAUGAACGGAUCUUCAGAUAAGCCCGAGGAGAUGUCAACUGGAGAGGAGGAUGUCUCCGUUGAAGUGCAGACAUCUUCGACACCAUCUCCUGACCAAAAGAUAGAGGAACAGUACAAGAGCAAUGCGCCUGCUACGCUUGCAGCCCUUAAUACCACAUCACCCCUUGCUACCAAAGAUGAGGCCGAGAACCAAGCGGCCUCCUUGACAGCGUCUACUCCUGUGUGUCUUCUUGCAGCUGAAGCUGAUCCUGUACUUUCAAACUUGGAUCGUCUACCGCCUAAUUCCCGUAAAGCCAUCAAGAGGAAGAGCGAGCCGGCUGUUCAGGAAGGGGAGCGCAAACGCGGUAAAUAUGGCGGCAUAGUGGGUCGUCCGCGGAAGUCAGAACAACGUGAAAACCGCCAAGGUGGUCAGGGAAACGAUUUGCCACAAGUUCAUGGAGAAAAUGGGCCAGAUUCAUUACCCCAGAUGACGACCCGUCGAAGUGCCAGACAGUCUGCUGUAGCGAACUUGGAUACUUCGAAGGCCGAUGAGCCAAUGUCUGAGCAUGAAAAAAAAGACUUGAAGCUUUUGGAGAAAGAAGUAGCACCAGGAACCUCCCCGAGCAACGAAAGUAUGACUGGAGUUGAAGACAAGACUAUGGGAGGUAUAGAGGAAAAGGAUAUGGCUACCACUCACAAGAACAUCUCUACACCUGCCCGCAAAUCAAAGAAGAAAGGCGCGCGCUCGUCAGCUGAGCCUAGUACUCGCAAGCGUGCGGCCAAAACUCCGAAACCAGAUCUAUUGAAGAUGGGUUUGGAGAAAACCGCUCCCGUCCCCGCAACGGCAUCGUCUACAGAUGUGGAGAAGGGCGGAACCACGCCAACUUCGUCGGAGUCAGUCGGUUCUAUGAAAGUCAACGGGACGAAGAAAACUCGCCCUGGUCACGUGGAGUUAUUUGCACGUCUGACUACUGGUCACGGCGUCAUCGAGAUUCCUAUUCCUACUGAUCAGCUCAACAGCGACGAGGCAAAGAUGGUUGAAAAAUACGCUGAGUGGAACGCGCAGCCAGAUGCAGUGCCGGUUCCAUAUGAUCAGUUCCGUCAGAUCUUCUCCUUUGCUAAAAAGGAUUGA